CAGCUCUGAACUCACUUUAGUGCUCACUCAGCAUCUUUACCGGCUCUGCUUCACUCGGUUCUGUACCGAGCUGAUAAAUCGGUGGAUAAUUCGGUGCGACGGGAGAGCGUGUUGACAUGUUUUUGCUCCUUUAACGGUUAAAAACUUGCACGUAGUUUUUAAAAAAAAAAAAUAAUGGCCGUCGAGUGCACACAGGAGGCGAUACUGGACUUUGUGAAGGAGAGAGGGGGCAAAGUGAAAAACACUGAUUUAAUUGAGCAUUUUAAAACCGUUUUCCCAGAGGAGCCCGGGGAGAAAGCAACCGUGCGUAAGAAUUUUAAAAACUACGUCGAUAACGUAGCGUUUGUGAAAAGUGAGAGUGGAGUUAAAUAUGUCUGCCUGAAGAAGAAGUUUCGCGGGGAGGGGAAGGAGCAGAGUCUUAAAACCGAAACGGAACCAGAACCAGAUUUCCACGAGGAGAAAGUCCGUUAUCCUGGUGUUUCACAGCGAGCAGGUAGCGGAGAGUCUCGCGCUGGUGAUGACGUAGGGCAGGAGUCGGCCCUGCCUCGCGCUCCGCUGCCUCGGGAUGAACCGUCACCUGGCUCAGGUUACGGAAAUGACAGCCAGGUGAGAGUUCCGCAUGCUUUCCCUGCUGCACCCAUUUCGCAACAAAAAGCAGGCGAAAAAAGUCAUGAGUUUGUUUGUGUAGUCGAGGACAGCUGUCCAGGUGAGAUGGGGAACAGACAAAGCUUUCGAAGAGACAAGAGGGAGUCCAGGAGGGGACAUGGCGGAAAAGGUCCUGACAUACCUGAUAUUGCAGUGAUUGAAGCUUCGCCUCUCCCUAAAGAGGGAUCAGCGUUCACCCUGCCUGAGGCUGCAACAACUGGAACUACAGGACAGGUAGCUGCAGCUGGACUCAGUCCCACAGAGCCAGAUGGCCCCAAGGAAGCAGAGAUCUCACCCCAGCGCAGGUAUGUUUUUAUUUAUUUGUUUGUUUUUUUCAAGGAGACCUGGCCAAAAUUGGCAAAAGAAAAAGUUACAAACAACCACAAUGCGAUAACAUUGUAAAAUCAGGGCCCCAGUACGGUGCCAGGUGGUCCCCCAACCAUUUUCUAAUUCACAAUAAAGAUGCAUGGAUUCACACUGGGACUUUUGUUAGUAUACAUAAGGUGCCAGAGUGCAUAAACAGCAUCAAAAUAGAGCCAGUGGAGGACAGAGGUCCUAACUAAGCACUGACUGAUUGUUCUAAAAUCCUAGAAAUAUCCAGAAAUCACAGGAAUGUCCGCAAAUCCUAGAAGCAUCCUAAAAAUCUAUAACAGUCCUGGAAAUGUCCCAAAAUCUGAGAUAUGUCCUAAAAUUCUGAAAACUUUUUAAUAUUCUAGAAACUUCCUAGAAAUGUCCUAAAAUCCAAAAAAAUCCUGAAAAUGUACUUAAAUCCCAGAAAAGUCCUGAAAUCGUAGAAACUUGCUAAAUGUGAUAAAAUCCUAGAAAAGUCCAAAAAUCGUUCAAACGUCCAUAAAAUCCAUGAAAUA